UGAGCGACCGUGUUGUGUAUCUACUCCUGACUUUUAUCUCCAGCUGAUUGACAGUGGCAGCCUAACCUAUGAAACUUCUAAUGGGAUGCCGAUAGGAUUUGGUCGAAUAUAGUUUCAGAAUGGUGCUGUUAAGGGGUUGGAAGUAUGCUGCCUUUAUUGGGGCGAUUGUGGGAGGAAUUGGUAUUACUUUGUAUCCAAUAGUAGUUGAACCUAUGAUGAAUACGGAACGAUAUAAAAAAAUCCAAGCGAUUAAUCGGGCAAAUAUAAAGCAGGAAGAUAUUCAACCGGGAAAUAUGAAAGUUUGGACAGAUCCUUUUGAUAGAAAGAAGUAGUCAGUACUGCGGGUAGUCAAAUCUAGGAAUAACAUGUAUAAAAUUAUGCUAAGAAAAUAAAAAGCUUAAGAACGAUGUAAGCAUAA